AUGGGGAAAUCGCAGAUCUGGGUCGCCGCCUUCCUGCUCCUCUGGGCGACCCCGGCGAUGGGGGACGACGACGUUGUCGCUCUGUCGGAGAAGAGCUUCGAGGAGGAGGUCGGCAAGGACCGCGGCGCCCUCGUAGAGUUCUACGCCCCAUGGUAGCCAGCCCUGCUGCCUUCCCUCGCCAUCGUUUUUCGCUGUAAACCCAUUCUUUCUGCCUGGGAACGGGGUGCUCUGAAAAGCCCCGGAGGAUCGCAUCAGAUGGGCAACAUCUCCUCGCAUGGAUGAUUCCAUGCCUUAUCCUCUCCCUUGGGUUCUCCUCGCUCGGAUCUCGCUGUCAUAUCCUUUCUUGAUAGGUUUCCUGGGUGCGCGCAGGUGCGGCCAUUGCAAGAAGCUCGCCCCGGAGUACGAGAAGCUGGGUUCAAGCUUCAAGAAAGCUAAAUCCAUUCUGAUUGGAAAGGUAGCUCCAUGUCGAUCUGCAACGCCUUCUCCUCAUAACCCAUGAAAUAUAUGCUAUUUAUUUGCAUCCGAUCCGUCAGAAUAUAUAUGUACUUAUAUAAUUCGAUACCGGCAGUCAUUGUGACCUGAAUGCCUGACACACAUGAAUGUAUGCCCAUCUAUAAGUUACUGUAUUGUGAUCUUAACAAGGUUAGGAGGUGGGCUCCUAACAUGGAUAGGUGGGCUCCUAUCCAUGCACAUUCAUAACACAUAUGAAUGCAUGCCCAUCUAUAGGUUACUGUAUUGUGAUCUUAACAAGGUUAGGAGGUGGGCUCCUAUCCUUUUCUUCAUGUUCUUGAUGCACAAUUUCAUGUACAUAACAAUUAAUGUUCUUAAUGGAGUAUUGGGAAAACAUCUCAUGACAUUUAAAAGGAGUUGACAUCUGAAUAAUCAGCAUCCAAGGAAGAAAAAAUCCCCAGUCCCAAAUAUUUUGCUCACAGGAUUAGACUGUUCUACCGCUGACUUUUUCUUUUUCACUCUGGCAUUGCGUAGGUUGACUGCGACGAGCAUAAGAGCAUAUGCACCAAAUACGGAGUGUCAGGAUACCCGACGAUUCAGUGGUUCCCCAAGGGGUCUCUGGAGCCGAAAAAGUGGGUACUUUAUCAUAUUCUCAUGAAUUUUCCCUUCAAAAAUUUAUCCACGGGGCCAAAUGGGCUUGGGAGGGGGAAAGGUCGCAUCUUUGGUUUUGUGAGUGCAUGAGAAGCCCAGAGGCUGACCAUCUGCUGCUGUUCAUGUGAAGGUAUGAAGGCUCACGCACGGCUGAAGCCCUUGCCGAGUUUGUCAACGCCCAAGGAGGUAAGAUCCUGGUCUCAUCUCAGAUCUGCUGAGGGAGUAUUUCUGGGAUAUGACUGUUGGACAUGAACUGAAGAGUUAUUGAACAGCCCAUGGUUGACUAACACUGUUACUUAGGGAAAUAUUUUCUAAAUACUUUGAUUUAAUCCUAAUCUUCCUUCACCUACACCCUUCACUGAUUUCUGAUUUAUUUUUUAUCCUAUAAAUAAUGUCUAAUUUCUUUGAUGAGGUGGCCUAUGUUCUCCGAAUGGCAGGCACAAACGUGAAGCUAGCAACGGCUCCGUCCAGUGUCGUGGUGCUGACAGCGGAGAGCUUUGAUCGGGUUGUCUUGGAUGAGUCGAAGGAUGUUCUUGUUGAGUUCUAUGCUCCAUGGUGAGGAUGUUCUUCUUCUUCUUCUUCUUCUUCUUCUUCUUGAUAGAUGGAGAAGACUGACCAUGAUGCUCGUCUUCUUUUCCGCUUAUGGCAGGUGUGGCCACUGCAAGAGCCUAGCUCCUGUAAGCAUGCGGUGCACCGAUGAUCAUCUAAGUUCGUGCACAUGCAAGCUCUGUGUUUUCUGAUGGUUUUCGAUUUUCUUCCUCUUGCAGAUUUAUGAGAAACUCGCCAGCGCCUACAAGCUGGAGGAAGAUGUCGUGAUUGCCAAUGUUGAUGCUGACAAAUACAAGGGUUUGGCAGAAAAGUGAGUCUAAUUUAUUUGUUUUUCUCAGAUAAUUCUGCUUCCUUUACCCCAUGUGAUCUCCACACGCCUAGGUGUGAUGGGAAUGAGCCGUGGUUUUUUUUUCUUUCUCUCUCUCUCUCUCUCUCUCUCUCUAGAGACCCAACUAGUUCAAGUACUAGAAAACUUCCUUUAGGGAUUCUCAAAAGUCGCCAGUUUUGCAUAAAUAAGUUAAAAAAAAACUAGGAUCAGUAAUAAAUUGGAAGUUAGUCAACUGCUAGUGAAUAUAUCUCUAAUGAUCAGACCCAUCUACAAUGGAAAACCAUGAUAAUCCACUCUCUGCUCUCGGGAUCUUGAUAUCUGCCUGAAAUGAUGGGACAAGUCAUUCCAAUCGAUGUGUGCUUGUCCCUGAAUUCUGGUUUUAGAUUAGAUAAUCCAUGUUUGGGUGACUGUUCAUAUGAGAAAAAGAUGCAGCCAUUUCAUGUGCUAUCUAUCAUAUGUUGUGAUAAACUAAUCUGAAUUUCAAGAUAAAAUGAAGACUAUGAUGAUAAUACUAAUAAUAAAUCACGUUGCUGCAGGUAUGGAGUGGGGGGUUACCCUACCUUGAAGUUCUUCCCGAAGAACAACAAAGCUGGUGACGAUUACAAUGGUGGCAGAGAUCUAGAUGAUUUUGUGGCCUUCAUCAAUGAGAAGUCUGGCACCAGCAGAGACACAAAAGGCCAACUCACUUCCAAAGUUAGUAUCCGAUGAUGAGAUAAAUUGGGUUACAUCUAUAUGUUCCAUAUUUGUAGUGACAUCAUCCUUACCUGCGUGGCUCCCAGGCUGGCAUUGUGGAAAACCUGAGUGAGUUGGUUAAGGAGUUUAUAAGUGCUGGCGAAGACGAGAAGAAGGCAGUCUUAUCCAGGAUUGAAGAGGAAGCUGAGAAGCUGAAAGGCUCCUCAGCCAGGUGAUUCCUUGAAGAAAAUCCUAAUGGAUAGGAUCAUGUUCUUCAUCUUUUUUUUUUUCUUUUUUUUUCUUCCCCCGAUUUUGAUCAUAAGAAUGGAGAAGUUGAGAUUUUUUGCUGCCUCAUGAUGCUGACUUAGUUUGGCCAUUUUAGGUAUGGUAAGGUGUAUCUGAAGGCUGCAAAGAGCACUGUGGAGAAAGGAGCUGAUUAUGCCAAGAAAGAAAUCGACCGGCUGCAAAGAAUGUUGGAAAAGGUAAGACCUCCGUGAGAUAUGGUAUCAUGCGACUUUGGUGAUAUUUAAUUGGACUAAGACAUUUAUGUGUUGUUGGUUGCAGUCAAUCAACCCGACAAAAGCGGAUGAGUUCACCAUCAAGAAGAACAUCCUGUCAACUUUUGUUGCCUAA